AUGCUAGGACGAAUUCUUGGAGCUCAAACUUUACUGGGAAAGGAAGCAACAAAGCAGGCGGUUCUUCACAGCAUACAUUCUAAGAGUCUUGUACAUUUUGCAGCCCACGGUAACCCCAAAACCGGAGAAAUUUAUCUUGCUCGGCCAAUUUCCAUAGACGGAACUCCACAAGAAGACGACUACUUAUUGACAAUGGCUGAUAUUUCAAAGGUUCGACUGCGAGCCAAGCUGGUAGUCCUUAGUUGCUGUCACACUGCAGAUGGAGAGAUCAGAGCUGAGGGAGUGGUUGGAAUGGCUCGCGCGUUCCUAGGAUCUGGUGCACGCUCUGUGUUGGCGGCACGGUGGGCGAUAGACGACAAAGCGACAAUGCAUUUCAUGUUUCGUUUCUACUAUCACCUUGUUCGUGGGGAAAGUGCUAGUGAAUCUCUUCACAAGACAAUGAAGUGGAUGAGAGCUGGCCCUUUUUCGGGAGUGCGACAGUGGGCACCGUUUAUGCUUAUUGGAGAUAACGUGACCUUUAAUUUCAACAAGAAGAGGUAUGCAUAUGAAAAAACAAUCGACCAAUUUCUAAAUUAUUAA